AUGAUCUUAAUUAGCUCCAAUAAAUUAUCCAAGAUUAAAAGUCUCAUUCGUUAUUUGCGAGUGAAUUUUGCUUAUAUUCAAAGAAAUGCUGCUUGGGCACUUACUAAUUGCGCCUGUUCACCGCAUGAAAUAUGCUAUAAAAUAAUUCAAUACGAUGAUCUAGAAGCAUUGGUCGAAUGUGCCGCAGAAACAGAUGGUGAAACUCGAGAUCAGGUUUUCUGGGCUCUUGGUAAUAUUGCGUUGGAUUGUCCUACAUGUCAAGAAAUGGUACAAAGUAGUGCUGCACUACCACUUAUGAUCGAUGUUCUUAUUAGUCCAAUGUUCAUCCGUUCAAAAUGGAUACGAAAUCUUAUCUGGGCUUUAUCACAGAUAAUUCGUGGUGGUAUUCGAACACUUGAUAUUAUGUUUGUUCGAGCAGCAUUAACUGGUCUUCGUCCAGUGCUGUAUUUGGAAGAUUCUAAAAUAAAAAUGGACGCAAUUUGGGCGAUAUUGCUGUUGAUCAUGUUGGUGAUUGAUGCAGUAUUGCAAACGCCAGCUUUGUUGGAAAGACUGAUCGAACUGCUAGCUGAAAAGCGUACAAUGCGUGCAGCACUGAGAGCACUCGGGAAUUUGGUGGCGGGAAAUGAUGCACAAACUCAAGCAGUUCUCAAUGCUGGCUUAUUACCGCGCAUGAUGGAAUUAUUUGGACCUAUGAUGCCAAUUAAUCAAAAACAUGAAAUAAUGUGGAUUCUUAGUAAUAUAGCGGCUGGUUCACAGCGACAAAUUGAUUUACUGUUUGAAACGAAUGAUAUCGUUGAAAUACUUAUUGGCACAUUCUAUAACGAUGAUCAUCGCAUUCGCAAGGAAAUAGGUUGGACAGUUAUAAAUGCGUUAACUGGUGCCAGUGAAAAUCGAUCACGUUGGCUAUGUGCAAGCAACGUGCUUAGUAUAGUACCACACGUGCUCAAUAUGCAUGCUGAGCAUGACUUGAUAGAACGAACACUAGAUGCUAUUGAAUUGUUGAUCGAAAAGCAAAUCAAUUAUUUUUUUAUACUUGAAAAUUAUCAGAUUAUGGAAGCGUUACGUCAAAUUGCUCAAAAUCAAAAUAAUUGCUAUGAUAUGCAUAUUAAGAUGUGGUACGGCAGAUCGCAGGAAGGAGUGCCGCAGUUACAGCAGCGACUAGUGUUGGAUGUUGUAUGGGUUGUACCAGGAGAUAUUCGCAAAUAUUAUUUGCAGGAUGAAUUGCGUACUGAUAGAUUAGAAGCUGAAGUUUAUUUAAAGUGGUCAGCAAAUAUUGGUUUCAAAAAUCGAGUAAAAAUUGUGCUUGAAAAUGGAUAUUCAUGUAAUGCACCUGCAUGCUUACUUGUUGCAUUCUCUGAUAUUUUUCGCAAACUUAUUUCAUCACAAGUAACUUCAUUGGUAUCAUUAAUUUGUGAAGAAAUGACUGCACGCAUAUUAGAAAAUACAUCACCACCAAUUUCAUUACUUUACUCUGCUAUUGCUUGUCUAGCUCCACAAUCACAGUAUCGUAAUAUGGUUGUUGAUGGUGCAGCAAUAAAAUUUCAUGAUAUUCUGGCAAACCCAGAAUUUUUAAAAUUAUCAUUCGAAAUGCUUUAUGCGCUUAUUUCUUCACCAGUAUUACAAGGACCUGAAUGGGUAUCAGAAAUUUAUGAAGCGAUCAUAUUUUGGCUUCAAAAUAAUCCUGAACAUAUUUGUUAUGCGCCAGCUCUUUUGGAUAAUGUUAAUUUCAAGGAAAUUAUUCAUGUGGCUGAUAACCGUCAAGAAAUAAUGAAGAAAUCAUUGGAUGUACCAGAUUUGGGACCAAUUGUGCAACUCUUUUUAAUGGAUGCAAUUUAUGCCAAAUUUGUGGAUCAUUUGACAUCACCACAAAAUCGCAAUCAAUCAUUAUCAUCGUCCAUCUAUACGGUGUCUGGUGCAGAAACUGCAAUUGCACCAGAUCCAUUAAGAGGAACAUUAGGAUUAGCAUCAUCACCUCUUGGAUCAUAUAUCAUUCCACCUUUUGAUUCGGUAUCAUCUGUAACAACCAGAAGUAUUAGUAAUGAAACAUCCGUAUCAGUUGACAAAAAUUGGCGUCCAGCUCAACAGCUUCCAAUAGGAUCUGGUAGUUCUCGUAAUCGAACAGCACGUAAUGAUCCGAUACUCACCUACUCAAAUGUUCCUAUUACUACUUCUGAUGCUGCUGCUAACGAUGAUACUGCUGGUGCUAUCGGUGGUGGUGCGGCUGGAAUUGAUACUACUGAUUGUGGUGUUAUCGAUGGUGAUACUAUUAGAGAUGGUGUCAUUACUGAUAGUACUAUUGGUAAUGGUGCUAUUGAUGAAUCAGCUGAAAUUCGAACAAGUAGCAGUCAAGAAUCGGCAUCAAAUUUGAAACGACGACCUAAAUUUGAGCAAAUCCCAUUACGAACUGAACCACCAAAAAGUCGCAAAGAAUUACGUAAGGAACGACAGGCACGUGAAAAAACUGACACGAAGUGA